GAUUUUUUGGUGUUUGUUUGUCUUAGUUGUUUUCUUAAAAGAUUGGAAAACUACCCGGAAUUCCAGAGAUUUUGUAGAAAAAAUCCAGUAAAGAUGAAAACGAUCCACCCAUAAUGAAGAAUUACAAACCGCAAGCAGAAUCUCGAAUAGAUGAUAACUCAUAUAUCAACUUUGUUGGUGUCGAACAAAUAAACUAAUAUGAAUUAUCAACCUCUGCAAAGUUUGACUUGAACAACUCAAGAUAUCACUACGAAAUGUUACCAUUAAAUUCAUAUCCGAAGAUAUGCCGAACGUGCUUAGCUCAAGACGAGCUUUAUUUAAUUGACGAAGUAAAUUGGGAAGGUCUUAAUCUUAAAGAAGUCAUACAAAAUUGGACCCCGCUUGAGUUAAAAGAAAAUGAUAAAUUACCAAGAAUGAUGUGCAAAUGUUGUAUUAAAGAUAUGUACCAAACAUAUCAUUUUUUAUUUAAGUGUAAGAAGUCAGAAAAAACUUUACAAGGUAUUAUUGAUCAAGAAAUAGUAGACAAACAUGUGUUAAAAACAAAAGUAUCUGAAAUAGAGGUUUAUGUAAAUAAGAGAUAUGAAAAAAAUAACUUGUUGAAAUCAGGUACUGAGAAUAAAGAUGAUAAUCAUUCCGAUAUUGAAUGCACACACAAUCGACCUAGGCUUCGUUCUAAAGAAUUAAAGAAUGAUAUGAGUAAAGACAGGGAGAAAAAUGAAAAUACUAUUAAGUUAUUGAAGAUUACAAAUAUUAAAACAGAAAUUAAGCAGCAUGAUACAAAAAGUAAAGUGAAUAUAAAAAACUACCAAGAGACAGUAAACAGUGAUAAUUUAACUGAUCUUGAUGAUACCAGAGAGUUAAAAAACGAUGACAGUGAUACAGAAGAAAAAACUAAUGCUCUACCUGAUAUUUCAAAGGUUAACUUAGAAAUGAAACAGACUGAAAUAAAGAACAAAGUUAUGUUGAGGAAAAGAGUUAAAGCACAAUUAAUCGAUAAAAGCGAUUUACCAAAAAGAAAAAAAAGAAACAUUUUUCGAAAAGGUCCCCCAUACACAUGUAUUACAUGUGACACUAUUUUUGAAAAUUACGAGGAAUUAAGUAAACAUAAAAUUGAGACAAAGCAUAAAAAAUCUUAUAAGUUUAUAUGUCCAUAUUGUCAAAGAAAGCAUGACGCAUAUUGUAGAUAUGUAGAGCAUAUUAGGACGCAUACAGGAGAAAAACCAAAUAAAUGCUCUACAUGUGGCAAGUGUUUUAAUUUUCAGACUGAUUUAAAGAGACACAUGAUUACCCAUAUGGAAAUAAAACCAUAUAAUUGUAGAUUUUGUAAUAAAGGGUUUACAAGAAAGCAGUAUUUAACGAAUCACGAGAGGAAACAUACUGGUGAAAAAUUAACUUUAGUAUGCUUAUUUUGUGGAAAAGUUUUUCAUUCGUACUGGACAUUGUUGUAUCAUGAAAAGACACAUAAACAAUGUGCUAAAGACCGAAAAUCCAAAGACAAAUCAUUUCAAUGUCAUCUCUGUGAAAAGGUCUUAUUAAAUGAGAAGACUUUGAAAGCACAUAUACUUUUACACGGUCCAAAAAACUUCAGCUGUGAAAUAUGUGGAAGAACUUACGUUAGUAAAAAAAAACUACAAUAUCACAUUCAGUUCUCCCAUCCAGAAAAUAAACAUUCGUGUAACAUGUGCAGCAAGGAGUAUAAUCAAAAAAGUGACUUGGAGGUUCACAUUAAGUCACAUUAUGGACAAAAUAAUUAUCCCUGUGAAACAUGUGGAAAAAGUUUUACAUAUAAGGGUUCUCUGUUCCAACAUAAAAGAAUUCAUACUGGUGACACAAAGUAUCAGUGUAAAGAGUGCCUUAAAAUAUGUAUCAAUAAGCGUAAUCUAGAGAUCCACAUGCGCGUCCAUACCGGAGAUAAACCAUUCUCUUGCAACGUCUGUGGAAAAUCGUUUGCUCAAAAGACUAACAUGUACGCUCAUAUGAAAAUCCAUACCGGAGAGAAGAAUCACGUCUGUAAAAUAUGUGGCAAAGCUUUUUAUGAUGGCAGAGGACUGAAAAAACACCUUGCAGUUCAUGAUAAAAAUGGAGAACUUGAAAGCUCAGAGUAGAAAUUUCCAUUUUCUCUUUGUAUAUCAUUUGUAAAUUUAUUUUAUGGACAAAAAAAUAUUUAUUCUUUGUUAAUAUUUACCUAUACAAAAAGUAUCUAUCAAUGCACAGAUCAUAUACCAUAUACUGAUCGAUUCUGCUAUAGGUAGAUAGGAAAAAAAAAUGGAUUUUUGGAUUCAAAUAAUAGUCCUCAGAGUUAAUAAGAAUAAAGAAAUUACAUUUUUA